AUGGAAACCACAGCGGCUGCUCCAACCGCCAAGCUAAGCAUCCUCCAGGCCUCCGGGCUGAUGCUGGCGUAUUCCAUCAUUUAUGUGCUGCCGCUUUACGCAUCAGAUACGACAAGGCCCUCUCCGUCACGCUCCAGAGAUGAUCCUGCUACAAUCCGUGCUCGUGUGCGAGCCGUGACGCUCUCCACCACAGCUUGCUCCGUCGUCACCCUCAUCACAGCAUACCGCUUGUCCCAACUGCACCCCGCCGUUUACUUGAUGGGCUACUGGCCUAUCCGUCUGGUCGAAUCCGCCAAGGUCCUGCUUCUAACGGCCAUCCUCUUCGCUGCCCCUCUCUACGAGAGCCUUUUCAUUGAGGGUGGCUGGCACCAUAUAUUACCAGGCUUACAACGCCUCUGGCAGAGUUGGCCAGAGUGGCGAAACAUCGUCGCUGGACCUGUUACCGAAGAAUGUCUCUUUCGCUCUGCCGUAGUUCCGCUCCUGGUAUUAGCCCAGGCUAGCCCUUCUUCCAUCAUAUUCCUGUCGCCUCUUCUAUUUGGCUGUGCUCACGUUCACCAUUUCUACGAGUUCCGUCUCACCAACCCUGGAGUUCCCAUCUAUGCGGCAGUAGCGCGUACCAUUAUCCAGCUGGCAUAUACAUCCCUAUUCGGAGCAUACGUCACGUUCCUCUUCCUCCAAACCGGGUCACUUUUGGCUGUAGUGCUCGUACACGCUUUCUGCAACUCACUCGGCCUCCCGCGUGUCUGGGGGUACAUGGAACCAUACUGGCUACCAGUCAACACAAGCAAAGGCACGCUUUUGAAGUGGACGAUUCCAUACUAUGUCUUCCUAGUAGGGGGCCUAAUUUGCUGGUGGCAAAAUAUGUACUUGCUCACGAACUCUCAUUUUGGGCUCCUCAAGUAA